UUAAACUCUCACACUUAGCGUUGGUGAUAGUAAGAAGGUUUUGAAGAAUGAGGUUAAGUUUGUACGCUAAUAUUUGUUAGGUCUGUGGGUUGUAACUCGGCGCAACCGUACUAUACUUUAACAAUAUAAUAUUGAAAGCAAUAAACAAUUGAGUAUUUGUAAAAAGAUAAUUUAAGCUUAGAGACAGCAUGGUUAUCGCGGUCAAUGAAUUAUACAUUAUGAUAUAACAUGUCGCGUGAGCUGAAUAACUAAUAGCUGUGCGAUUAAGUUAACUUGUUAGAAAAAUUUAAAUAUGAAUGGCUAGCUGGAAAAAAAAGUUAAAUUUAACAAUUUUAAGCGAAGUGAAAAAAUAAGAAAAAAAACAAGGUUGAUAGAGAUUAGGUUGAAAAUGAUGUUUUGUUUUAAAAUACGUUAUUUAAGGAUUUGUUUGGAAAAAUGAAGCUUGGUACUUGUUUUAUUCUGGUCUUUAUUUUAUACCGUGAUAUUUCGAAUGUAGCUUCGCUUAUUCCAAAUAGUGGCUCAUCAGGAACCCAAGCAUCUACAAGUAAUUGUGUCAGUAACUGCGGCAACGAAUCAUUUGUGACCGGAACUGUCCUAUUUUUUCUAUUGUUAUUCACAUGCGCUUUUUGUGGUAUCUUCAUCAAGAAAAAGAAAAUUUGGAAAAAGAUCAGGAACAGAUUAUUUGCAAAGAAGGUUUCUACCGUACAUCCUUUGGAGUCCUCCAUUCGAGCAAAUCCUACAUACAAUGUCCGUUCGGACCGAGUUAGUGUGAUUGAUCCUACACAGUAUUACGCUCAGUUAUUUGGAUGCGCUCGGAUGGACGACCCAGAAUUUAUUGUGGUCAAUACGGAGCUACCUUCAUACUCAGAACACGACAAUGCAACCACGCAGCAAAAUAUGGCCGAAGACGCUCCUCCGUUGUACAACGAUGAAAUAAACACUCCCACAGAGGUGCAACAAAACCCACCUGAUUUUCCUCCAACGUAUACCUGCAGCAACGGGGAAAAUGGAACUCCACCAGAGAUGUCCCAACACCCGAACGAUCUUCCUCCAACGUACAGCUCCAUAUACAUCAGGGGUGAAGAGACAUAGACGCCAUGUAUGCAAUAAUACCAUACACACCCAUCUACUUUAUGGCAUAUAAAAGCUUGUAUACAUUUCCUGUAUACAUGACAUUUCGGAAGAAGUACAAGACGGGGACACGAUGCAACCAAAAGUUAUCAUAGCAUUCUGACGUCAUUCGAAAUUCCUAUCUCACCUUAGAACUAGCAUUCAAACUAGAAGCACAAACGAAAGAAGGUUAGAUUGACAUAAGUAGACUUCAUAUUGUGGCAAAUGUUUUUUCUUUACAAUAGUGGAAACAUUUUUUGUUGCUGUUAACACAACUCAAUUGGUGUAACAGGAGCUAAAUCCAUUCAAAGAGAUAACUCACUUGAUGUAACAGGAGCUUAAAUCAUUUCAAAGAGAGAACAAUAAAGAUUGAGUUGCUGUACGACAGGUAGUAUUCACUAAAAAGGUUAUAACUUGUUCAUAGAGGUCUGGAUAUUAGGUUGGAUACACUUCCAAUAGAAGUAGAAUACUUCGGAUUUGUAAAUAUGUAAAUUCUUGUACAUAAAAAAUAAUUUAAUAAAUAAAUAAUAAAUCACGUGACA